AUGCGGCUCUUGGCCUGGCGGCUGCUCUUGCAGCUCUUACAGAGCCUGCGUUGUGUAGAUGGGAGCGACCAGUGCCCGGGAUCACAGGGGACUGAGGGGCUGGUGCUCUGCAGGGAUCUCUCAGAGUCCCGGGUGCCGUUGGUGCCACUGGCACCGGAGCUGAGAUUUCGCCAAGGCGAGAGCCCUCGCGAUCUCCGUGAAGUGCUGUGGCCCAGGCCCCGCACGGUGGCCUUGCGGCAUCAGGGACAUGACGUGAACCCGGGCCCAACUCGCCACAUCCAGCCUCUUCGAGUCGACCCGUGCAAUCUGGCAUUCAACUUGAGCGUGCCAGCAGGAGACAUGGCCGCGGUGCUAUGGUCCUUGGAGCACUUCUGUUGGAGGCUCUGUGCCCCACGUCGUGACGAGGAUUCCAAGGAUGACAGCUGCCAGUGGGACGAUGGUACCAGUCGGGUGGAGAUCGAGAUCCAAACAGGGACGAAGCCUGGUUCGAUCUCACCGAGUUUGCACAUGGAGGAGGAGUAUCAGCUCGAAGUGGCUGGCGCACCUGGCGCCGCUGUCGCCGCCCUCGCCAAGCUGUCCAGCGCAGCGAUCCACGGAUUCCACCGCGGCCUGGAGACCCUGCUGCAGGUCGUCGAUGCCCUCGGCCUCCAGAAGGAGGGAACUGAGGAGGGAGCCGGGGAGGGAGCUGAGGAGGGUGCGUGGGCCUGGGCCCCGGGCCACUUCCCCAAUGGAAGUUUGGACCUCUGGAUCGAGGAUGCUCCCAAGUUUGCAUGGAGGGGACUGCUGUUGGACACUGCGCGACACUUUGUGCCACUCCAGGUGAUGGAAUCCUUGCUGUUUACGAUGGCAGCCAACAAGCUCAACGUUCUCCACUGGCACAUAACAGACGCCAUGAGCUUUCCUUUGCAGCUGAAGUCCUUGCCAUUGCUCGCAGAAUUGGGUUCUUUCGGAGCCAACAAGACGUAUUCAGAGGCAGCUGUGAAGCACAUCGUGGCUCUGGCCAACAACUUUUCCAUCCGAGUUGUUCCAGAGCUGGACAUGCCCGCGCACACAGCCAGUUGGAUCUUUGGCGAGCCGGAGGCAGUCUCUAACUGCACCCACGUCCUACCAGAGGACCCGAACGAUGCCAAGAACCCAUUCAAAGCGAGGGACAAGCUGGCUUUGGACAUUUCUUCCAAACGGACCAAGCAGGUUGUGUCUGCAAUUCUCGAAGAGGUUGCAGGGCUUUUUCCGGACGAGUUCCUGCAUGUGGGAGGUGACGAGGUGGACUACCGGUGUUGGACGACCAUGCCGCACAUCAAGGCAUGGAUGAAAAAGCAAGGAUUUGGGCCAUCCCAGGCCCUGCAAUACUUCUUUGACCACGUCUUCAAGGAGGUGCAAAGGCUGGGCAAGCGCCCUUUGGUUUGGCAAGACUCGUUUGACCAGGGUCUCAAGCUGCCGAAGGAGGCAGUUGUGCAGCACUGGAAGUGCUGGGGCAGCGUGGGCCCAGGGAUUCGAUGGUGGCCUCAGGCCGAGCCCGCAGCGCAGCUUGGCCACGCCUCGGCUUAUGCGGCCACCGAGAUGGGGCUCUCCGUUGUGCAGAGCAGCUGUUGGUAUCUCGACUGGGACUCCCAGUGGACAGACUUCUAUGGCCAUGCAGCCGAAGAAGGCCCUUUGGCCUCAAGACCCCGGAAUCAGUUGCUUGGCGGUGAAGUUGCCCUGUGGACGGAGCGGAUCGACUUCACCAACCUGGCCUGCCGGACUUGGCCUCGUGCUGCGGCCGUCGCGGAGCGUCUCUGGUCCCAGAUGCCGCUGGAGGUCCACAGUCGGGAGGUGGACCAGGUGGAGCAGCGUCUAGCCGCCCAUAGCAGCCGUCUUCUUCGGCUGCACCGGGUGGCCUUGAGGCCUCUCACAACGUCCCGCGACGAAUGGUUCCAGGUGCCUGAGAACCUACGCGAUGUGGAUGGGACAUGCCCUCUCCUAGUCAACCAGUUGUCUGUUGCGAUGCUGUGCCGUGUGGAGGUGAUCGACAGAGGUGGGUGGGUUUUCUGGGGCGGGCCUCUCAUGGGCCGGCUACGUUUGGACAGCCGGUGCCUCCAGACCUUCGCGCGGCUUGUCAAUGUGAGACGAACACGACAAGCGGUGCCAGUGGGCUUUGUUUGGACCAAGCUGGACUUGCGGCGAAGCUUCCUGGCCUUUACGCUGGAGUCCUGGCGCUAUGAUCCUGAUCUUUGUCUGAUAUGGGCAGCCUUCUGCACAACCUCACCCCUUACGCUUGCCGAUGGCAUUUGCUUGGCCAAGACCCGAAGGUCCGCGACGGAGGCCUUGAAGCUGCUGGCUGGCAUGGAGAGCGGCAAGGAUCACGUGGACAAUGGGCGCCCUGCGCCUGAGGUCUGCGUGGCAGACGCGGAUACCUUGCAUGCAGACGAGACGCUGUCCUGUCAGCAUCCGAUGCUCAAAGUAGCCUCCAACGUGCAGCAGCAGGAGGUUUCCACUCUCCCUUUUGAUUCUUGGAGUGGCCACGCUGAAAAUGUUUCAUUGAAGCCCUGGCAAUCCAGUGGGUUUAGCUUGAUUGCGCGUUUGGCGAAAUCAGUCCACAGCGAGGUCCAUUACUGUCAGGACAACGCUGGAAUCACCGGCGUUGCGAAGGUGGUGUCGAAGAACAUCGCGAAAAAGAAGGACAACAGCGAAGAGUCUGUGUGGUUGAGUCCAAGUGGCGGUGACAUUCAGUCGUUUGAAGACAUCCGAAGUGAAAUCGCCGUGUUAACAUUCCUCAGCAACUGCGCGUAUUGCCCACGCAUCAUUGACAUCUUGGGAUCCUUCGAGGACGCAUUGUGUAUCUACCUUGUCACCGGCUAUUGUGAGGAAGGCGACCUCUUUGAGCGAGUGGCCUACGGAGAUCCUCUGGCCGAAGCAGAAAAGAAGCGCUAUGUAAGCGAGCUCCUUCAAGGGGUGCGCCACCUCCAUCAGCACAACAUCGGGCACCGUGACAUAUCUCUUGAGAAUGUGCUGCUCAGGAAGGGAAGUUGCGUGUUGAGCGACUUCGGUCAGGCUGUGCAGCUGAAAGCACGGGACGGAACCGUUCUUCGGUAUUUCGUGGAAGCUGGAAAGAGCAUGUACCGCUCGCCGGAGAUGUACGUGCCGCGGGCAAGCCACGUGCAGGUGGUGUGCCCGGCUGAUGGAAGGCCUGGAUCGCGGUCCCUGGUCUCCCACGCAACUGCGAGAUGUGAAGUUCUGUUGCCUGCCGAUGCCGUGCCUGGACAGCCUUGCAAUGCAACUCCAUUCGGUUACGCUGCAGCACCUGCAGACAUCUUUGCCUGCGGCGUUUGUGCCUUCGUCCUGGCAGUCGGCAAGCCACCGUGGACAACAGCGCUUGACUCGGAUCCCUCCUUCUCUUUCAUUCGUCGACAUGGUGUGGCCAACUUGCUCCAGCAAUGGAAAGGUGGGGCGCGCGGCCCUCCAAGCAAGACUGAGGAGGUCACACUGUUAGCAGAUAUGCUCCGCGUGGACCCCGUGCGACGAAGCACCUCUGACGAGUGUUUGCGGAACGCCUGGCUGGAAGCCGUGAUUCGGAAUCGCUCCAAGACAGCCUGA